AUGGUCCAGCAGGGUGUCUUCGGAAGACCUCUCCCGCAAACAGCAUCGCACGAAGGUUCGGGCACAGUCGUGAAGGUCGGAAGCGAUGUGAAGGACUUCAAGGUUGGCGACCGUGUUAUGUGCGGUCUGCCUCUGCACCCAUGCGGCCACUGCGGUGAUUGUCUAGGGCCAGAGACCAAUCGACAGUACUGUACCCAAAUCGAAGGACAUAUUGGUGUCCAGACCAACGGAUGCUUCGCCGACUAUGUCAAGUGCGACAGUCGAUCGACCACCAAGCUCGCAGACUCCGUCUCUUUCAUGUCCGCUGCUCCUCUUGCAUGCGCCGGCCGAACGGUCUAUCGAAGCGUGUUGAAAACUGGUCUCAAGAGCGGCGAGUGGGUCUCGUUCGUGGGAUCUGGUGGUGGCUUGGGGCAUCUUGGUAUUCAGUUCGCAAAGGCUCUUGGUAUGAAGGUCAUCGGUGUAGAUGCAAGAGAUGAAGGUCUGGAGCUAAGCAAGAAGUACGGUGCAGAUGUGGUCGUCGAUGCACGCAAAGGAAAGGAGGGGGUUGUGAAGCAAAUCCAAGCGGUUACGCGUGGUCAAGGAGCCGAUAGCACGGUGGUGCUUGCGGACCACAAGGAUGCCUGUGCGUUGGGCUGCGCGUCGACCAAGAUGCACGGGACUCUUGUCCAAAUCGCCCAACCGGACAUCAUCGAGAUUCCCUUCCCGGAGAUCAUCUUCAGAGACAUUCGAAUUGUCGGAUCUUUAAUCUCGAGCGCAGAUGAGUCGGCAGAGAUGAUGAAGGUGAUCGCAGAGCAUGGAAUCUCGGUCACCACACAUCCGUUCCAGGGCCUAGACAAGAUCCAUGAGUUGACCGAGCUCGUGCAUAGCGGCAAGCUGAAGGGCAAGGCUGUCAUUGUCGUCGACCCGCAGCAACUCGAGGAGGAGAAGAAGAUUGGUGCCAAGUUCUAG